UUUGCGAUAUAGAGUUCACAAUCAAUUUGUACACCUUACUGAAAGGUAAUUGGCUUGAAAGGAAUUAAAGUAUGUGCAUUCCUAAAACUGUUUACUUUACUUUGAAUCUAGACUCUCCCUAUCAAGACAUUUGAGGGGCUAGUGACCAACCCAGACUACGCUGAAGCUGAGGACAAGGCUCUUCAUUUGCUGUCAUCAUUUGUUGUCACCAAUAGGGAGAAGCAGCAGAUCGAAAGAGCCACUGUUGGCUCUUUCGAGAGAUACAACCUGAAACAAUGCAUAACUAAUUAUUUACAACUCACUGUUCUGACACUUCCUUCAUUCACUCUUCACAUUAAGGUGAAAAGAUACUCAGAGUAUGUUGAAGCAAACCUGCCAGCGAGCAGGUUAGGUUUGCUGAGUCUGUUGCUGCAGUAACUGACUCAGAGUUUCCACAUAACCUGCUUUCUGAAACAGACCCCAGUCUACAUGAACUAUCUCUUAUUUUGUUUAUAACAGGUCAGCAUAUCGGCGAAAAAGGAUCACAGCAAGCAACUUUGGUUUGGUGUUGGCAGCAGUCAAGCGGAAGUCCUACCGCUUGACUUUUGCAUGUUCAGGUCAUCUGUUGGAUGUAAAAUAUUCCCAUUUAAUUUUGCUGUAAAUCACAAAUAGGAUGAAAACGGGAUGAAAUGAAAGAGAUAACAGAAAAUAGGCAAUACUGUAAACAAAACAACGGAAUGAAUGAAUGAACGAAUUAAUGCAUUUCUAUUGGUCGUAACCAAAGGGUAGGGGCAGAAGCUUCAUACAUUUACCUACAUAUAUACAGACAAACAUACACGCCUACAUAUACAGGGUCAUAAGGGUCAAUACUUAUAUCCAGUACAUUUCCACCAUAAGAUGGACAAUAUCCUAAAUAAUGAUAACCAUAAUUAGAAUAACGAUGUUCAUCGUCAUCAUCACCAUUAUCAACAUCCUCAUAGAGUGAUACUACUCAAUGUCUGUACUUAUCUAGUGUCAUGGCUUUCUUCUGUAACCCUUCUAUAGCAAAUGGCAGAUUGCUCAUUGCACAACAGCCUUUGGAGUUUAGAAAUGUUAUUGUCAGUGUUUUCUGUGUGAACACCAAGAGGGGGAAUAGAGGGAAUUCAGGAAGAGUUUGCAAGAUAUAUAGAAUUGUGUGUAGUGUUGUGAAAAAUGUGUGCUUUGGAAUGGGCAUCUGAGUCUAAAGCAGAAAAUGUGCUUGGAGUUCAGCAGAAUUGAUUUGGCAGUUGGUACACAAAUUUCAGGUUGUGCACAUUGGGUCUGAUGUUCCAAUUAAUGUGUUUAAACAAUUGUGAAAAAAUGUAUUGUGUUCUUAUGUGCAAGGACGUUAUGGCCACAAUCUUUAAAACAACACACAAAACCUGAAAGUUUGCAAAUCUUCCCUGUCAAUAUAUGCAGAUGUUCAGCAAAGCGUUAAAAGAUCGGCAGUUUGCUACCAAACAAAAAGGUUUUGCGAUAAUAAAUUCAGCGAUUCAAACAAAUACGUUUAUAGUAACUUCCAUUUAUUACAGAUUAUUACUAGGCAGCCCACACAAUAGUUUAAAUUGUCAUACCAACAGUGACAAACAGGCGUGUAUUGUAAAGAACAGGUGGGAACGACAAUGAAUCAAUAGGGAUUAGAUGAAUGGUUCACAAUUUAGAUGACAUCAGUUGUAAGAUCCCAAGGGUGCUGUUGGUGUGGCCUACAAAAUGCAGAUGCCUUUGAGUUCUCUUCCACUGGUUUGUUUAUGAGACAGGUCAUACAGAGCUUAGCGGAUCAGGUUAGACAUUGCAAAAGGCCAAAGAUCAUCUAAAUUGCUGAACUGAACUGUUUUGAUUGGUCUUUUCAUUUUACUUUUCCCUAAAUACCUUUUCUGCUGCAUUUCCUCUCCAUACAGGUGACAACAAACUAAGUUAAAAAGCUGCCAAAUAUCUCAAGGACUGUGGUACACUGGAUGAAAUGGAAAAUGGUACUUUUGAGGUCUACUUUAACCUCACAAUGUUUGUGAACAUAGGACCCUACCGCUACCUAGCAUUUGUCUUCUGUUUCCUACUGUAUGCCUUUAUUGUUUCUGCUAACCUUGUGAUAAUAUUGACUAUAUCACAAGAAAGAUCAUUACAUGAACCCAUGUAUAUUUUCGUGUCAUGUCUUUCUAUAAACUCCCUGUAUGGGUCAGCUGGACUCUUCCCAAGACUUCUACAAGACCUUUUAUCAGACACCCAUUUGAUUUCACGUCCGGCUUGUUUCACUCAGGUAUACAUCAUAUACUCCUAUGCAUCCUAUGAAUGUACUAUUCUGAGCAUUAUGGCAUAUGAUAGGUAUAUUGCUGUAUGUCAUCCUUUACAUUACAACAGUACAAUUUCUUGUAAAACUAUUUCCAAGUUAGCAUUAUUGGCAUGGCUAUGCCCUGCCUUUUCUUUGGCCACAAUCGUUUUAUUGUCUGUUAGGCUUCCAUUAUGUGGUAAUGAGAUAAAGAAAGUGUUUUGUGCACCCUGGUUUGUUGUCAGAUUGUCAUGUAUUGACACUACACUCAAUAACGUUGUUGGCAUGCUUGUGACUGUCAGUACGAUUUUUCUCCCUCUAUUUUAUGUGCUGUACACUUACCUGCAAAUCUAUCUUGUUUGUAGUAAAAGCUCAUCAGAGUUUAAAGGAAAGGUGUUACAGAAAUGUCUCCCCCACAUUGUGACGUAUGUUAUUUAUUGCAUUACAGCAUUUAGCGAUAUCGCCCUUAGCCGUUUUAAUCCUAAUGAACUCAAUCCAAUCGUAGCUACAAUUUUAUCACUAGAGUUUGUAGUGAUUCCUCCAAUAUUGAACCCUCUAGUGUAUGGCCUGAAGUUACCAGAAAUAAGAAGGCAUAUUUUCAGAAUGUUGUCGUGGUCAAAAUCAAUAAUUUAG